GUCCCAGAAAGCACUGCAAGUACAGGAAGCGACUGUACUUGACCUUGCACAGGGUUAGCACCAGAGAGAGAAGCAGCAUGGCGAACAAGGAUCCUAGUAGUUUUUUUCAGCAGUUGCGGGACAUGGCUGGCAGGCUGUCCUCUGGUUCCAAGGGAGCAGGAAUGGGCCUCAAGUUACUAGUGGGUGCUGGCGCACUGGCUUAUGGAGUGAAAGAAGCUACGUACACAGUUGAAGGUGGGCAGAGAGCAAUUAUUUUUAACAGACUAGGAGGGAUGCAGGACACAGUUCUCUCAGAAGGGCUGCACAUCAGGAUACCAUGGAUUCAGUACCCUGUCAUUUAUGACAUUAGAGCAAAGCCAAGAAAGAUCUCCUCUCUCACUGGAUCGAAAGAUCUCCAGAUGGUGAACAUAGCCCUUCGUGUCCUGUCCAGACCUGAGGCCUCAAAGCUCCCAUUCCUCUACCAGCGCUUGGGCAAGGACUACGAUGAGAGAGUCCUGCCGUCCAUUGUCAAUGAAGUUCUCAAGAGUGUGGUAGCCAAGUUUAAUGCAUCCCAGCUCAUCACACAGAGAGCGCAGGUGUCCUUGCUGAUUCGCCGUGAGUUGUUUGAGAGGGCCAAGGACUUCAACAUCAUCCUUGACGAUGUGGCCAUCACAGAGCUGAGCUUUAGCAGGGAGUACACUGCAGCUGUGGAGUCUAAGCAAGUUGCCCAGCAGGAGGCCCAGAGGGCUCAGUUCUAUGUGGAGAAGGCCAAGCAGGAUCAGAGACAGAAAAUCAUCCAGGCUGAAGGAGAGGCUGAAGCUGCUAAAAUGCUUGGAGAAGCUGUCACUAAGAAUCCUGGCUAUCUGAAGCUGAGAAGAAUUAGAGCCGCUCAGGCCAUUGCAAAGACUGUGGCUGCAUCACAGAACAGAGUUUACCUGAACGCAGACAAUCUGGUCUUGAAUCUCCAGGACGAGUCCUUUAACAAUUUAACGUUGAAUUCUGUUCGAGGAAAGAAGUAACUUGUUCAAAAGCCUUGAAGAACCCAGUAAAUUUUGAUGACAACGAGAGCGUGCUGUCCCAUUGUCAUGUUGCAUAUUUGUUUUUGUGUAUUAUAGACCUGAUUAUCAGUACAGUAAAAUGUUAAGAGAAAUCGCUGACAUGGUUCUGUUUUGUUUUUGUAGAAUAAAAUACAGAUGUAUGCUUAAAAAAAAAACAAAAAAAAACCCAUAACCAUGUUAAAUUUUACAUUAUUUUAAUACUCCAUGCCUGUACUAUUUGCAGUCAUAGUUCAGCAUUCUGGGUACUCUUCUAUUAAACAAAACAGGCCUUGUUGAUCAGUUUGUUUCCAUUCCCCUAACUUGUUUACUUAAUAUACAUUUAAGUGCUUCUGUAAGAUUGUAGGCGGUUAUAAUUGACCUUUUAACAAUUUACAGAAAAUGUCUUUUAACACAGUCAUAAUGGAAUUGUAGUAUGUACAGCACAUGCAAAAUCACUCUGAGACACAUUUUCAAAGCAUCAUGCUAUUAACAGACUUUAAAUUAUUAUUUUUAUAAUUGUUUUCCUACAGCAACAUGUGUUGUGUUAAUUCUAAGACAAGGGGCAUCUCCUCCCACCCCCCACUUUGUUUUUUUUUUAUUUUUCUUUUUUUUAGAUCAACUGUAAAGGGUUUCAAUUAAAUUGGCUGCUUCCAGUUUGAAAAGCAGAAUGGAUUGGGAUCAGUCUAAGCUGUUUUGAGUCUUCACUAAGCCCUAUUGAUCCUGGAAACACCAGGACAAUAAAAUAAAAAUGGAUUUGCUUCAAA